AUGAGCAUUUCACUUAAAACUAUUUAUAUCGCUUAUCUUCCCUUUAUAUACUCAUACACCCCACACAAUGGCGAAAUUGAUAAUAAGUCUUUCGUACUCCACCCUUUAACUGAUCCUGGGUUGGCAGUCGUUCUAGGAAAUGAUGGAAAGAAGUUAGCCUUGAAGCCGGAUUCCGGUAGAAUGGAUCCAAUCAAAGUGUCCAAUGUCAAUAAAGACGGUUACUACAACUUAGAGACGCAUAACAAAAAAUUAUGUGUGGAUGAUAGCAAACUCAAGAUUUGUAAGAAGAAAGACGGCAAGUUUAAGAUUGAGCCGGUGACAGACUACAACUAUAAAAACAAAGGCCCUAAUAAUCGUAACGAAAGAGUUUACAGGGUAGUCAAGGCAUGGGCCAAGAUUCUGUUCAUUAAAGUCAAGUGGCCAACCUGUCUGACAAAGUCAGGUAAAGAUAAGCUUAUAUUUAAGACAUGCAGUAAAAACAAUGCAGACCAAUUAUUUUCAUUUGAAUUAGUAAAUCUACCGGAGAAGAAUGAUAAAGAUAAGAACUAUCCUUAUUCUGAGGAUUCUUCCUCUGAGAUGAGCAAGAGAAGAGGCCGUAGGAGAAGAGCAAAGACCGAAGAUUCAGCCUCGAUAAGUAGUAGUUCAUCGAGUGAAAAGGAUUCCAAUUCAGAUCCUAAUAAAAGAAGAAUUCCAGGACAACCCUGUGUGCCUCAUCCACUCAACUGUCUACCUACUCAAUCCAAUGCUUGUCAACCCAAUGCUUCUCAUUUUAACACUCUGCCUGGCACGCCUCAGUCGUUUGGCCAUCAAGGCAUGGCCAAUUGUCUUCAACACCCAAGUUCCCGGUUUUCACAUCUUCUUUUGAAUCAAAAUGAAGUGAAUAUGAUUAAAGACAAUGCUAGGACAACAGAAAGUAUUGAUCAGUGGCUAUCACAAAGGAAUGCACCAGCCUUUUGCAAUCCAGGAAAUUUCAAUCAAAGUCCGUGUGUUAUUCGUUAA